AUGCUGCAAAAUGACCAAGAAGAAGAUUAUUUCCAAGUAGAAUGUAGGGCCGAUUUGCAAAGCUUGUAUACGGAAAUACUGUCCGUCAAUGAGGAACUUUCUUAUAACAUAUUACCUCUGUAUCAGAUGUUCUCUCAUACAGUUAACAAAAGCUGUGAAAUUGAAUUUGAAAAUAAUUCCGCUCCUCCUAGCUACCAAGAACUUACAAAUUCAGGGAGAUGUCUUGGAUGUAACUCUUUACCUACAUCUACAUCGCAAGCAUCAUUGAUAAACAGCUCCAGUAGCCAAUCAGCCUCUGAAGCAACAAGUAAUCAAGAGAAUAUACUCAAUAACGUCUUAAAGUUGAACAAUAUUACUAAUUCGUUGACAAAUAAUUAUUCAAAAUCAGUAAAGUUGAGCAUUGUGCUUACUGAAGAUGAAGGGACAAGUGAGUUUACCGAGCUUCGGGCUAAGAGCAUAGAAUAUUCUCAGACAGACACAAUCUGUGGGUAUGUGUUGAUAGAAAAUACUUCAGCAAUACCUAUCCCCUUCGAAAUAUUUUAUGUCUCACUACAGGGAGCUUUCGAAACAACAGACAAAAUUCUGAAAUCGCAUAAUAGGGAAAAAUUCCUUGAGAUGAUAGAUUUAAGUGCAUCAUACGAUAAUCCUUUCAAUGUUAGAUAUAAAGAUACGGAAAUGUUGUGCUCAAUUGAUGAAGAUUUACUUCAAAGAAAUAUAGGUCCAAAAAGGGUUUAUAAGAGGUUCUUCAGUUUCAAAAUUCCAAAUCGCUUGCUUGAGGAUAGUUGCAUUCAUGAUUGUUCGACUCACAUUGAACUACCACCAACUUUAGGCAUCAGGAAUGUUGAAGCAAGUAUUAACUAUAGCAUUGAGGCAAUACUAAUUGGAAAAAAUUCGAUGUACGAGCAUUUCGAUAAAAAUAAUACUAUUUCAAAUAAUUUUCCUGAUCGUUACAUUGUUCUCAAGGAGAUCACUAAAGAUUUAAGAAUUGUUUCUCUUGACACUGAAACAGCUAGCUACAGUUCGGGAACUGUAUCAUAUGAAAGCUUACAAGAUGAAAUUGAUUUCAAUUUGAAUUCGCUAGCCGAGUUAGAAAGUGACCAGACUACUAAUUUCAAAAGAGCCAAUUCAAAAACUGCUUAUCAUGUCAUCAAUGAUCCUAAACCGCUCUUGGAGCUGCAUGCAUGCGAAACGGCUUCGAUGAAUUCAAAUAAGUCACAAGAAAGGUGCUAUCAAUAUGAAAACUUUCAACGUGAAGUGGAAAAUUUUCAAAUAAUAUGCCACUGCCCAGUGAAAACUAGAAAAGGAUUGAAGAAGAUUAUUGAAGAUUAUUUUUUCACCUCUCCUAAUGUUUCCUAUAAGAUAGAUUACAUAAAACCUCCACAAUACCGUCGACAUGAGUUAAUACAAGACCGGCUGUGGAAAUUUGAUAUCCCAUUUAACUUGACUAACCAGCAUUUUAAGUCUGCACCAAUCUUCAAGAAUGUAACUGCCGAAUUGGUCUCUUUAACAAUAAUUAGCAAAGUAUCAUCAAUUCCCGUUGAAAUUAAUCAUAAUAUGGUAUUUCAAAAUGGAAAUGAACUAACUUUUGAUGACAUUGUUGUGAAGCCUAUGAGACGAAAGCUCGAAGCCUUAAGGGGGUUUGCUAAGAGAAUGGAGCCAAAUACAGUCAGAAUGAGCUCAUCUUUGAUUAGGGAUCUCGAGACCAUUUCUAGUCUAACUUCAAUUUGCGUUGUGAUGGACGUGAAUGAAGUAAAAUUGACCCCAACGUCCUCUUCAAGUACUGGUGUCAAAAAUAAAAUGUUACAAGGAACUUAUAAUAUUAGCGUCGAUCUUACCAAAUCAGCUAUUAAAUAUCGUAAACUGAGGGGCAUUGCCUACGAUAGUUUUUGCUUAAUUCCAAGUUUUCAAAGUUGUAAAUUAGCCAGGAUAUACUUUCUUAAGUUAAAAUUGGAAUGUCUGAAUGGUUUUGCAAUCAAUUUUAAGGUACCUAUUGAAGUUAAAAAAAAUAAACUUUAA